CGUGCGUUGCGUAACUCCACUGCGGGUUCAGUCAGCGAGGCUCAUUCCGUGUCGCCGUUAGACCCGGUUCAAGGCACCUCUGCGCGAUGGCGCCGCUGAACAAAGUCUGCAUCAUUGGCUCCGGAAACUGGGGUUCUGCCAUUGCCAAGAUCGUGGGAGCCAACGCCGCCUGCAAUGCCAAUUUUGACACCACCGUGAAAAUGUGGGUGUUUGAGGAGAUGGUGAACGGGCGCAAACUCACGGAAAUAAUCAACAAGGACCACGAGAAUGUGAAGUACCUUCCUGGGCACAGGCUGCCAGAAAACGUGCUGGCCGUCCCAGACCUGGUGGAGGCGUCCAGGGAUGCAGACAUUCUGGUAUUUGUGAUCCCCCAUCAGUUUGUUGGGAAGGUGUGUGACACCAUAAAAGGCAAGAUAAAGGCCGACGCACUGGGGAUAUCACUCAUCAAGGGCGUAGAUGAGGGGCCCGAUGGACUGAAACUCAUCUCCGAUGUGAUCCAGGAGAAGCUCGGGAUCACCAUGAGUGUGCUAAUGGGGGCCAACAUUGCCAAUGAAGUUGCCGAUGAGAAGUUCUGUGAGACCACCAUAGGCUGUAAGAAUAAAAACCACGGGGCCCUCCUGAAGGAACUCAUGCAGACCACUAACUUCCGAGUCACAGUGGUGGAGGAGUCUGAUGUGGUGGAAAUCUGCGGGGCCCUGAAGAACAUCGUCGCGGUCGGAGCGGGUUUCUGCGACGGUCUGGGCUUCGGGGACAACACCAAGGCCGCGGUCAUCCGGUUAGGCCUCAUGGAGAUGAUCGCGUUCGCCCGCAUCUUCUGCACCGCCGGCCCAGUGUCCUCCGCGACCUUCCUGGAGAGCUGCGGCGUGGCCGACCUCAUCACCACCUGCUACGGCGGCCGCAACCGCAGAGUAGCGGAAGCUUUUGUGAAGACGGGGAAGUCCAUCGAGGAGCUGGAGAAGGAGAUGCUGAACGGGCAGAAGCUGCAGGGACCAGCGACAGCAGCAGAGGUCAAUCACAUCCUCAAGCACAAAAACCUGAUCGACAAGUUCCCACUGUUCAACGCCGUGUACCAGAUCUGCUUCCAGGCCCAUCCGGUCACAGAGUUCAUAAGCUGCCUGCAGAACCACCCGGAGCACAUGUAGAAGAACCACCAUGACGACAAACUGACCAAGUGCCUUUUUGAUUGAAGAACAUUCCCUUUUCUCAGCUGUUACCCGGCAAGAAUAGAUGGAGGACGGGCUGCUCCACAUCUGUCCCACAGCUGACCGGCUCCAGCCAGUGAGUGCAAUGUUCACUUUGUUCAUGUUAAACUCUAGUUUUACCAUUUUGUCCUUAACACUGUUUCUUUUAAGUGCUUUGGUUCCUUUCCUGACAUAAACAUGAUGACUUGAAGGGAAUUGAAUGAAGUGGGUUUCCUUUCCCAUGCAAUUGUCAGACAGCUAUUUUUACCCAAUUUCUUUUAUGUAGGGAAAUUUAAAUCUGAAGAAAUGGCGUCGCUUUGCUAGAAAGCAAUCAAAUGAAAUCCUAUAUAUCUAUAUAUAUAUAUAUAGAUUAGAAUAUAAUUCUAUUUUUCUAAAAAUGUUUAUUGACUCCUGUUUUGGUCGACCCUCUACAGCCAUUCAUUUAGUAACAUCUUUGAUGUUCGUAUGGCUCCACAUCAUGCAUUCAGAUUUUGGCAGAGCCACCAGGCGGGCCAGAGGCCCGUCGACAACGCUUAUGUCAUCGUUCAUUUCAAGUUAUUCCGUCAUGUAAUACCUCAGUUAACUGUUUGCUCUAUAAGUGUCUUAUGUAAUUCACUGUUUCCUGUCUUGUACAUUAACACUGUCAACCGCACAGCGACUGUUUUUAACAUAAAAACUGGAAGUGCCUUCGAGCGCACCGUAUCAAGAGCUUUUGACUGAAAAACGUAAACAUCCGUCCAAUAAUCCGUUUGUUAAUGUGACCCUGCCUGACUUUCACUAAUUUACGGCUCAUUGUGUUGAUAAUUAUACCAUUUGUCUGAAUAAACCAAUUCUAAUUA